GGCUGCCUCCUCCUCCCCGCGCUCGCCGCCGCCGCCGCCUUCUCCUCGGCUCCAGCCGCCCGGACCCCGCGUCCCCCGCGUCCCCCGCCUCCCGCCCCGGCCCCGCGAUGCUGCUCCUGGCCGCCGCCUGCCUCGUGGCCUUCGUGCUGCUGCUCUACAUGGUGUCUCCGCUCAUCAGCCCCAAGCCCCUCGCCCUGCCCGGCGCGCACGUCGUGGUUACAGGUGGUUCCAGUGGCAUUGGGAAGUGUAUAGCUAUCGAGUGCUAUAAGCAAGGAGCAUUUAUAACUCUGGUGGCGCGAAAUGAGGACAAGCUGCUGCAGGCGAAGAAAGAAAUUGAGAAGUACUCCAUUAAUGAUAAACAGGUGGUUCUGUGUAUCUCCGUUGAUGUGUCUCAAAACUAUAACCAAGUAGAGAAUGUCAUAAAACAGGCACAGGAGAAGCUGGGACCGGUCGACAUGCUUGUGAACUGUGCAGGAAUGUCGCUGUCAGGAAAAUUUGAAGAACUUGAAGUUAGCAUCUUUGAAAAAUUAAUGAGCAUCAAUUACCUGGGCAGCGUGUAUCCCAGCCGGGCGGUGAUCACCACCAUGAAGGAGCGCCGGGUGGGCAGGAUCGUGUUCGUGUCUUCUCAGGCAGGACAGUUGGGGCUGUUUGGUUUCACGGCCUACUCGUCCUCCAAGUUUGCUAUCAGGGGAUUGGCUGAGGCCCUGCAGAUGGAGGUGAAGCCGUAUAAUGUGUAUGUGACCGUGGCCUACCCCCCAGACACCGACACGCCCGGCUUGGCCGAAGAGAACAAAACAAAGCCUUUGGAGACUCGUCUGAUUUCAGAGACCACAGGUGUUUGCAAACCAGAGCAAGUGGCCAAACAAAUUGUCAAAGAUGCUAUCCAAGGAAAUUUUAAUAGCUCCAUUGGCUCAGAUGGGUACAUGCUCUCCUCCCUAACCUGUGGGAUGGCUCCAGUAACGUCUAUCACUGAAGGACUCCAGCAGGUGGUCACCAUGGGCCUUUUCCGCACGAUUGCUUUGUUUUACCUCGGAAGUUUCGACAAUAUAGUCCGUCGGUGCAUGGUUCAGAAAGCAAAGUUGGAAAUUGCAGACAAAACUGCCUGAUUCCUUACCCCCUCCGACAAAAGACUUUGCAAAUAAUUUGAACAGCUUGCUGCUACAUGAGACUCAACUUUUUGGCCAACAGACUCCUCUGUCUUGUUUUUGACUAUGUGAAACUGAACCGGUGCUCUUCAGAAAGCCGGUGACAAGCAAAGGGAUAGGAAUUUAAGUCCAGACACUUUUGACUGACACUAUGCAAAUGCGGGCUGGGAGACGUGGGUUUUCUGGGCUCUGAGGGGGCCCAUUGUAGUGUGAGAACCAUAGCAGGUGCACAGGGUAAAGAAUAGAAAGGUAAUUCAGAUUUUUCCUAUUUAUUCUUUUUGUUUUGUUUGUUUUGUUUUUAAGUUCCAUAGAGAUCAAGUCUAGCCAUCCUUGACUGCCCACUAGAAGGUCUGAAGGUUUUGUUGUGGUAGUUGUUAAGCUUUUCCUUUGUCUUUGAACUUGAUUGUGUGUGU